AAAGAUGCGGUGCAUAGCGUCUUGGAACGUGGAAGGAACUCUUCAUAGUAUCCCAAAUUGUGGGUUCAUUACAUGCUUGGCUUUAACAUUAGCCACUGCUAUGGAUGAGCUGCAGCAGUGUAGCACAAUAUGUAAAGCAAAGUACGGAUAUCAGCCAUUAAUUAUGUUUCAUUUUCUUUCCACAGUUAAGUUGAUUUUACAGAAUUUAUCAGGUCUUCAAAGCACAAACAGGUGAUUUUUGCUGUGGGUUGAGCUCAGCAUGGCUGUAGUCAUCCGUUUACAGGGGCUUCCUGUUGUUGCGGGUCCUGCAGAUAUUCGUCGUUUCUUCUUGGGAUUGAAUAUUCCUGAUGGAGGUGUGCAUAUUAUUGGAGGAGAGAUUGGGGAGGCUUUUAUUAUAUUUGCCACAGAUGAAGAUGCACGGCGUGCCAUGAGCUGUUCAGGAGGGUUUAUCAAGGACUCACGCAUAGAGCUUUUUCUCAGCAGCAAGGCAGAAAUGCAGAAUACGAUAGAAAUGAGCCGGAAACGAUUUGACCGUGGGGGACGAGAAACUAUGUCUGGCUCUAGAAGAACAGGUACUAAUGGUUCUGGUCCAUCAGGUGUUGGAGACAUUCCACAUUUAGUCACGGCUUUUCCAAAAGGAAUAAGUAAACCUGGUUAUGGUCCACCAAAUCAUCCAGAGGCUGGUUUCCAUACCAACGGCACAAGACAUGGUGAUAUAGGCAUUCCUAAAUCAAGCUAUCAGUCCAGAAAGGAUUCUCAUCCUUUUAACCCAGAUGAUCUUUACUUAUUUCUGCGUGGUAUACCUUACUCUGCAACAGAAGAUGAAGUACGUGCUUUCCUUGCUGGGAUACAUGUGGAUGGAGUGAUUAUGAUAAAGCAUCGCAAUGGUUUGAACAACGGUGAUUGCUUGGUAAAAUUUGCUACGCCUGCGGAUGCCUUAGAAGGACUUAAACGCCACAGACAAUACAUGGGUCAGAGGUUUAUAGAAAUUAGCCCAUCUACAGAGGAACAGUGGAUUGAAUAUGGCGGGAGGAUCGAAAUGCCAAAUGAAAUUGAUCGCUUUUUCCGUGAGGACAGUUCUCCAAGAAGUUCAGGAUACAUGCAUUCAAGGAAGCGUUCUCAUUCACGAUCACCAAGGAGACAAAGAACGCGUUCUCGUUCAUCUCCCACUCAGGAAUAUUACAUACACUUAAGAAAUUUAUCUACUAAUGUGGAGAAGAGAGAUUUGAGAGAUUUUUUUCCUGAUCUGGAUAUAUGCAGCAAACAAAUCAAGCUUCUAACAGAUAAGCAUCAGAGGAGGACUAGAGAUGCCUUUGUGAUGUUAAGGAGUGAGAGAGAUUAUCAGGCUGCUUUGGAAUGUCAUAGAAAGGUUCUUCUCAAUCGUCCAGUUUACAUUUUCCCAAUUUCAAAAAAGUCAAUGUUGAAAAUAAUUGAUUCUUGUGAGAGGAAGAGAUCACAGGACAGAGAUCACCCUGGACAGGCCAUGUCAGAAAAAAGUUAUCGGGAAGGUCAUCCUGGACCUAAGAUCUGUGUUUAUGUACGGAAUUUUCCGUUCGAUGUGUCAAAAAUCGAAGUGCAGAAGUUCUUUGCAAGAUUUGAUGUCGAUGAACAGGAUAUUUACUUGCUCUAUGAUGACAAAGGAGUUGGGCUGGGAGAAGCAUUAGUGAAGUUUAAAUCUGAAGAACAAGCCAUGAAAGCAGAAAAUUUAAAUCGUCGGAGAUUCUUGGGAACGGAGGUAUUGAUAAGACUUAUAUCUGAAGACCAGAUGCAGAAGUUUGGUGUAACUGUACCAUUGUCUGCACCAAAUGACAUGCAGGGUCAUUCACAUCCAUAUGACAGAGGUCAGCUUUCCCGUCCCAUUGGUUCACCAUCUGGGCCACCACAAGGGCCACCCAUGCAUUCAUUUGGUCCCCCUGGCAACUUCAGGCAUCCUUCUGAAUUUAGGCACCCCUCUGAGGACUUCAUGUGCCCUCCUAAGGAUUUCAGAGGUCCGCCACCCCUCAUGGAUUUUGGUGGUGAUGGCGAACCUUUUGGCAGAAUGGAGUUUGGGAAUAAUAAAAUGGGAGGUUUUCCUGAAGGAAGAUUUAUGCCAGAUGCAAAUUUCAGUGGCAGUUCUGAACGUGUUGUCCCUAUUCGAUUGAAAAAUUUACCUUUUAAAGCUACUCCUAAUGAGAUUCUUGAUUUUUUCUAUGGCUACAGAGUGAUCCCAGAGUCGGUUUCUGUACAGUACAAUGAACAAGGAUUACCUUCGGGUGAUGCCAUCGUUGCUAUGACAAACUAUGAGGAAGCUAUGGCUGCUAUUAACGAACUGAAUGAUAGGCCAAUUGGUCCUCGGAAAGUUAAGUUGAGCUUGCUGUAAAGGAGGAAAAGAUGCUCUAGAUUAAAUGUUCUAGGUUUGACAGUAUUGACAGUUAUUUUCUCUUUUUUUAAUGACUGGAAGAUGCAGAAAAAACAGUUUCUGUCAACGGUUGUAAAUAAUACCUAGUUCAGUUGUUUAGCUCUUGGUUGAAAUACCUGUAUGAUUAAGAUAUGAGAACUGUAUUGUGCCUACUUCUUGUGGCAGAGAAGAGCUCAGAAAUUCUGGAAGACAUGAAUGUCUUACAUCAAGGUAAAAAGGCAUGGAGUUGUAAUACUUUGGUUUUUGGUUUGUUGGUGUUUUUUUUUUUUGUUUUUUAUUUAGUUUACUUUAAUUCCAUGUCCCAUGACUUUGCAUCAAAUAAAAAUCUAAGUGCUGGUUCAUUGACCACACAAACGGUUCAAACAGAAGAACUUCAGUGCUGCCUACAUUCGUAAAUAACACUUUUUACUGAGGUUAGCUGAUUAAAGUUAAAAAAUUAACUGAUUUUUUUUUUUGUGUAUAAACUGUUCAGAUUUUGUUCGGUUUUAUAUGUUAGCAGGCAUUCCUAUUCAAAGAAGAUAAAAGACGUUCCUGUUCACGUUAGCUGGCUUUGCAACUUUUUUAAAUAAAAAAAUAAAUUGCAAU